GGGACUGUUGUCGCGACAGAACUUUGAACGCGAAUUGUUGGCUACGCCCCGAGCCAGACAACAUGGUUUUCAUUCUAGGCGUUAACUUCUCAGAGCAGAAGCUCGUGAAGAAAGCUCUCGAAUCCUUUUAUGCUCUCGGUCCCAGCGUCUCCCAGCGAAUUCUCGCCAAGUACUCCAUCCACCCAUGGGCCAAAGUCGGCUCCCUGGCACCCAAGACCAUUACCUCAUUAACUGCCGAAUUGUCGGUAAUGACGAUUGAGAACGACGCGAAGAAGGUCCUGCGCGAGAAUAUCCAGAGAUUGAAGGAUAUGGGUAGCUACAGAGGAAGGCGGCACGCCAUGAACCUGCCGGCGAGAGGCCAGCGUACGAGAACACAGAUCGAAACGGCAAAGAAGCUCAACAGGGUGGACAGGAAACGGUGAUCGAACAUGGCUUUAUUGGAGAUGGAUGACGGCGAAGCCGGUCAUUAGCGAUGCCCGUGCGUGUAACCAUUCAGUGUAUUCUGAUAGAGAUCCGGAUGCAAUGUGUUCCGGCCAAUGUACAACAA